GCAGAGCAGAAAUUGGAACGAGCCUUAUGAAGAAGAGGAACUAGGUGAGAAAGAAAAUACUGAUAGAACUAGAAAUAAUGAUAAUAAUAGAAAAAAUAACAGCGUAAAGUCAAAUGAUUUAGAAAAAGUUAUAAACAACUCAAUGGAAAAAAUCAUUGAUAAAAUGGACGAAAUUCAUUCAAAAAAUAGGAAUGAAUUGAAGAGCUAUAUAAAAAAUUGUGUUAAUUCAGAACUAAACAUACUAAAGGAGACAUUGAAAGAAGUAAUAACAGAAGAAAUAAAAAACGUUACAAAAGUAUGGAUGGAAGAAAUGAACGUGAUACGAAACAGCAUCUUGAGUCCAUCGACUGCAAGAUAUGUGGAAGAGAACAACAAUAAAUCCAGUAAACAAGACGUGAGUUCUAAAAAGGAACUUAAUAAAAAAACAAUAGAACGAGUUGUUAUCAUCCCUUCGAAAAAACAAGAGAGUGAAGUUACGCUAUCACAAUUAACAACCAACGUUGAUAUUAUUGAACUAGGUGUGAGGAGUGAACAAAGUGAAAUCCAGGAACAGAUGGUAGGGGUAAUUCUAGAAAUCGAGAAAGAGAAUGAUAAAGAAAUUCUUGUGAGAGAAAUUCAAACGAAGUUGGGGGGUGAAUACAAAGUAAAUGUUAGUAAUAAAAAAAAUCCAAAAAUCAAAAUUAUUGGACUAGAAGACAGUCUUGUUAGUAGUAAUGGUGACAUCUUCAUUAAAAAUUUGAUAAGACAGAACCAACUAAAUGUAGAUGACUCACUUACCGAUAAUAUUAAACUCUUAAAACUAUUCAAAAACAGACAAGGACAUGGAUCAGCAAUACUUGAAGUAAAUCCGAGUAAGCAGGGAGAUGAGUGGAAUGAAGAAUAUAAUAACAAUGCAGUUUGGAAUAGUUUCGAAGAAGUUACUAUGGCACAAGUCGAUAAGAUUAUACAAAAUUUAGAUUGGAUAAUGCCGGAUAAAUGGAAAAUAUCUACAGUAAUACCGAUUCAAAAAAUUAAAGAUAGCUGUAAAGCGGAAGAUUUGAGACCUAUAAACACGUUACCUAUUAUGGAACAAAUUCUUGAACAAUUAGUUAAAGACCAACUAGAAAAAUUUAUAGCUAAACAUAAUAUCUUGAACGAGGAGCAAUCUGGUUUCCGGAAGUCUCAUUCAUGUGAAACAGCUCUACAAAAUUGUUUCAUAGAUUGGCGAAAUUCCUUAGAUAAAGGUUUGCUUACUGGUUUACUGUGUAUAGAUCUUACUAAAGCAUUUGAAACGAUAAAUAGACAGAAAUUAAUUGCUGCAUUAGAAGCGUUAGGGAUAACUGGUAGG